CGAUGGCGAAAGGAGGAGGGUGAGUGGUAGGCAGCGGUGCUAUUGGACGGUGACGGCGCUACGGGACGGCGGCGGCGCUACUGGACGGAGGCGGCCGUGCGGCUGGACGGCGAGUGGGGGAAUGGCAGGCGGCCGUGCGAUUAGGGUUGGAGACUUGAGGCUAGUCUUUGAGAAAAGAAGGGGAAGGUUAUGGUUUUAUAGGUGGAUCCUCAUGAAAAACUUCUUCAAUGUCAGAAUCCUCCUGAUCCAACUGAGGCUUGGAAGUGAACUGGUCCAACUGAGGCUUGGAAGAAGAGGGAGGCUGGAAGACCACACUUACCUUACCCUUACCCUUAUCUUCUUGUUUUGCAGUGCUAAUCCCCUUUGUAGAAAUAUCAUUCCCUGCCCUUUCUGUCCCCUUUGUAAUAGUUUUAGGACUAUUAUGAUCGUGGCUGAUCUUAGUAACCCAUUUAGUAGUGGUUGUAGCUUUAGGAACACUAGUAAUAGCAUGUUCAUUCACCUGCCUAGGCCCACCUUAAAUCACCCUUGGGCACUUAAUUGCCUCAUGACCCAAGUGAAAACAUGAUAGACAAUACAAAGGCCUAUUUUCAUAUGUAACAGGCUUGGAAAAUCUUGUCUUUCCUGCCUGAAUCCAAACUUCAUUUGGCAUUUCCUUAGUUAGACCUAGUUCUACACAUACUUGGGCUAUUGAUGGUCUAGCCAGAGUAGUUGUAGCUAUAUCUAAUUUUAGGGGUUUACCGAUCAAAUUGGCAAUUAAAAACAUCACCCUU